AGAAACGAAGCACCAUUUUGUUUGCAGUAGUGAUUGAAUCGCUUUGCAGUUUUUCCGAACUAGAUGAGAUGUGAUGGACACGCAUAUUUGCAUCGCAUAUAUUGUUGACUCGUGCUGUUAAUCAACCGCGGACCAAAAUUAAUUUGAUUGCCCAGGUACGCGCUCUACGUGAGCUAGAAAACGGCUACUGGCUUAAUUCACCUUCAAACACCUGUUUGCUGCUGAAUGAGAGACCAACUUUGGUGACACCUUUUAUAAAGAAAAACCUGUUUUCAUUAAGGCUGUGACAUAGCAUUCAAAAUGGAUCCUGAUAAUCCACUUUCGAUGUACCAAGAGAUAAGAAAUGUGGGCAAAGGCAGCUAUGGAGAGGUUUGGUUAGUUAGGCACAAAAAGGAUAAAAAACAGUAUGUACUAAAAAAGAUGGAACUAAAAAAUGCAUCAAAAAGAGAAAGAAAAGCUGCAGAACAAGAAGCCAAACUUCUGUCUAAGUUAAAACACCCUAAUAUAGUCUCCUACAGAGACUCAUUUGAGACCUCAGAUGGCUUGUUAUACAUUGUUAUGAGCUUUUGUGAAGGUGGAGACUUGUAUAAUAGGUUAAAGGAACAGAAGGGGGUGUUACUAGAUGAGAGGCAGAUUGUGGAAUGGUUUGUACAGAUAGCAAUGGCGUUACAGUACAUGCAUGAAAGGAACAUAUUACACAGAGAUCUGAAGACACAAAAUAUAUUUUUGACCAAAAACAAGAUCAUCAAACUUGGAGAUCUGGGAAUUGCCAGAGUGCUUGAAAGCUCCAAUGAUAUGGCUACAACACUUAUAGGAACUCCAUAUUACAUGAGUCCAGAACUAUUUUCUAACAAACCAUACAACCACAAGUCUGAUGUGUGGGCCUUAGGGUGCUGUGUGUAUGAGAUGACCACACUGAAACAUGCCUUCAAUGCCAAAGAUAUGAACUCUCUAGUGUAUAAAAUUUUAAGGGGAAAGAUGCCUCAAAUGCCUAGCCAGUAUACACCUGAGCUAGUCACCCUCAUCAAGUCCAUGCUUGCUCAAGAUCCAGACAAGAGACCAAGUGUUAACAGGAUACUUAGGGACCAGUUUAUCAAGAAAAAUAUUGCAAUCUUUUUGGAAAGUACCAAAAGCCGCCGUCCAAGCACAAGUGGCAGCCGUCCGUCAACUGCUCAACGCUCAAGUUCUGGCAACCGUCCAAGUUCUGGCAAUCGUCCAAGUUCAGGUAAUCGUCCGAAUUCUGCCGGCCGUCGUCCUGGCUCUGGUAAACGCAAUGACCAAGCUGAUGGCGUUCAAGUGACCACAAGUAGUUCUGUGCACAGCUCGGUGGAUGAGGACCAAAAGGAAACAGGUCAAAGGAAAUCCUCAAAAAAGAAGAAACAGAAAGGGGAUGUUGAUGACAAUGUUUUUGAUGAAGAUAAGCCAACAAAGAAGGAAAUAUUUGAAAAUCCAAUUCCUGUUGAGAAACCACGCCCCUUACCACCCCCACCAGCAAGUGGUGGAAUACCUCAGAAGAACCAGAAGAAAAACAGACAAUCUGUUGAAGUCUCGACGUCAUCAUCAAGUGUCACAAGCUCAAGUUAUGACACUCCAACAGGAGAUGACACUCCAAGGUCAAGACCCAACACAUCUGCACGAGCCAGGCGCAGGGAAAAGAAACAAGAUGGCUUAGACACCCCCACUGGUCCUCCAGGUGCGUCGGACCGACGGCGGCCAUCUCAGCCAGAGGGGCACAUAGAGCAGGACCUUGCUGUGGCAGAUUCAGCACAGGAGAAAAAGGAGGCCCGUCCCCAUGUGCAUCGUCAGAUGUCUGAAGUUGAAGUAGAUGAUGUGGAUGGAGAUGAAGAUACCACUCUGGAGGACGAAAAGGAAAGAGAAGAGAAAGGGACUUAUGUUGUACGUUCACAUGAGAAAAAUAGGUAA